AUGCCACCCAAGAGAGGGAUUGUAAAAUCUGGAAAUGCCGGAAACUCGUCAAAAUCGGAUAAGAAUAAGACACCCGCUUCUACCACAGAUACACCAGGUCCACCACCUCUGUUUCCUCCAGGAUCCAAAUACCCUUUGAGCAUACUUCAAGAAAGAUGCCAAAAAUUAGGUUGGGAAAAGCCUGUUGUGGAUACACGUUCUCGAGGAAGUAGUGGCUUUUCGUUCGUCGUUACCUUGAGUAGACGCAACCCUAAGACUUCCGAAAUUGACCGAGUGCGCAUGGAACCGCAUCCACCCUACUUCAGACCUACUGCCAUGGAAGCCAAACAUUGGGGUGCCACUUACGCUCUUUAUCGUUUUUGCAAUGGACUUCAACUCAAUCAGAUCCUACCGCCAGGACCUCGCGAUUAUUGGAAAGAGCUUGCAGCAGAACAUAAAUCAAUUCGAGAGCACCAGAAAUGGAUGUACGAAGCUGAUCCAUUUUCUGCUCAAAAAGCAGUCGAAGAAAGACAAGCCAAGGCGUCUCAACGAGAUGAGUCCAAGUCAGUCGCAGGGAGACAAGCCGAAUCUAAGUCCAGCGGUCACAUAUCAUCUGAUUAUCCAGAAGUAAUAAUGGCUUCAUCUCUCAGGGAGCUGGUAGAAGAUGCCAUAAAGAAGAGCAUUGAACUUUAUCCAGAUACUUCCGAUUCGUUACGUCUCACGCUCUCCCCUGAAGUAAUCCCAGAAAUUGCGCAACAACUCGGACAUUUAGACUUCAAGAAAUCGCAGAUACAAGAUGCUACAAAGUUUUUAUCGGAGGAAUCACCGUUGACUUUCAGUUUGUUGAGCUCCUUGUCGCCUCUUGAAGCUGCUAUCGAAUACCUUGUUCUCCACCUACCGGAAUGCGACCUCCCACAACGAUUUCUACCUUCAAAUAACGCUUCUAAUCCAUUCAUCACCUCAGCUCAUUCUGGCCAAGACGAUCUAAAAAAGCGUUGGAUCGAAGAAAAGGCCGUCAAGGAAGCUGGUUGGCCACUGAAUGCUGUCAAUGAAUGCACCAAAGUUAAUCCCGAAUUAAUUUUCAAAUGGGAUUCACUGAUGGUCGCCCUUGGGCGAAAAUUGGUUGGAAGCCCAAUAAUAGCGUCAAAUGCUGACGAAAGUGCACCUUACUCUAUAGAGGUGGAGGAAUACGAAGCUCUUGGUGCUCAUCUGGAAGAAGAAGGACACUUGAUCUUACCCUUAUUCAGUGCACCGAUCGUCGUUCAUAUUCUCUUCUCUGAGACAGAGAAAUAUCCUCGACCAGGCUAUAUUCCUAUAUAUAUCACCUCGGCAACAGCUCCCGCAUAUAUUCGAUUACACCUCCUUUCUAAGUUCUUAAAAGCGAUGGAGUCUAGGAGUGAACUAGAACAUGGCGAAGGUUUUUUUAUGACCGUGAUGCGAAUAAUUGAAGAGGCGUGGGCCGACAUUGAAGAUAAUGGCCCACCUAACAUCUCAGUAGUGCUCAAGGAUCUAAUCCCGACUCCUCAAAGAUUCAUUCGCUCUAUUACAAAUACUCCAACGUCUCCUGUUGUCAAAGGUCCAAACUCAGUGCGGUCGAGACGAAUUGAUAUUCAGGACGAUUCAGAUAUCAAAAGGGCAUUUGACAUGCUAGUGCAAACCGAUAAAUACAAAGCCAUGUUGGAGAAAAGGAUGAAGUUACCGGCUUUCCAAGCCAGAGAAGAUUUUCUAGAUAAGUUAGAGCGCAACAGAGUUGUUGUGGUCGUUGGAGAGACUGGAUGUGGAAAGACAACUCAACUUCCUCAGUUCAUUCUUGAUUCUCUCAUUCAAACAAACCGUGGUUCUACGGCGUCGAUACUUGUCACUCAGCCACGCCGGUUAUCAGCGAUCUCAGUUGCAGCUCGCGUUUCAGAGGAACGUAUUGAAGACGGCUCUGUUGGAUAUGCUAUUCGAGGUGAAAGCAGGCAAGGAAAAGAUACCAAACUUCUCUUCUGUACUACCGGAGUUGUCUUGAGGCGACUUAGCACCGGAGAUACUCUUAAAGAUAUUUCACACAUUGUCGUUGAUGAAGUUCACGAACGAUCCAUGGACGGCGAUUUUCUGUUAUUGGAAUUGAAAGAACUUCUCAAGGUUCAUCCAACAUUGAAAGUUGUUCUCAUGUCAGCCACUAUUAACCACGAAACAUUUGUCAAAUAUUUUGACGAUGCACCUCUUCUUACUAUUCCGGGCUUCAUGCAUCCUGUCGAAGACAAGUAUCUUGAAGACAUAUUAUCUGAAACCAACUAUAGACCCCCUGUAGUCAGACAGACCAAAGAAAAAUUACAAACGACACGCAGACUAAAAGAAGAGCAUGAAGCUGAAGGUAUCUCUAGCUUAGUUGCAGAAGGCAUUCAAAAUAUCAUGCGGUCAGAUAGAAUUGAUUACCAGUUAAUUUCUGCUCUUGUGAAUCACAUCAUUGCGACAGCGAAAACUAUUGGCGGUAUACUCAUUUUCCUCCCGGGGGUUAACGAAAUUAGACAGUGUGUGGAAGCCGUUCGGAGCAGUGUCGGACACAGAGAUGCCUUAGUAUUGCCUCUCCAUGCCAACCUAUCGAACGAAGAACAACGCAGAGUAUUCCAAACUACGAAAAAUUGGAAGAUCAUUGCAUCUACUAACGUAGCUGAGACCUCCAUCACCAUAGAUGAUAUCAUCUAUGUCGUUGAUGCUGGCAAAGUGAAAGAAACACAAUUUGAUCCAGAAACCAACAUGUCACGCUUGGUAGAAACAUGGAUUAAUCGAGCUGCGGCGAGACAGAGAAGAGGACGUGCUGGACGUACCCGGCCUGGAGUCUGUUACAAAUUGUAUACAAGAAAACAUGAAUUGAGUAUGGCUCCAUUCCCGGUGCCAGAAAUACUCCGCGUGCCGUUGGAGAGCAUUUCUUUGUCUGUGAAAGCAACGCGGGAGGAUGAAGAUGUAAAGGCCUUUUUGAGUAGAGUCAUUGACCCUCCGGCUAUCGCUGCUUUGGAUAGAGCUUGGACAACCUUGGAAGAAAUUGGAGCAAUUGAUCAAAAUGGAGGAUUGACGGCACUUGGAAAGUAUAUGUCAAUGCUUCCCGUUGAUAUAAGACUUGCAAAGAUGUUGAUAUUGGGUACCAUAUUCCAAUGCAUUGGACCUGUCGCGACAGUUGCCGCCCUCCUGUCAUCAAAGCCGCUAUUCAACAGUCCCAUGGAUAAGCGCGAUGAAGCAGCGGUAGCUCGUGCGCGCUUCCUAUACGGCGAUAGUGACCUGUUGACCGAUGUCAAUGCGUUCGAUGAAUGUAUGAAACUGCGCGCUGAAGGAAAGUCGCAGAGCACCAUCCGGGCCUUCUAUGAUCAAAACUUUAUAUCUGCAGCGGUUGUUCGAGAAAUCACCACUCUUCGACAGGAUUUUAUUUCCUCCCUGGCUGAAAUAGGCCUGAUUCCUCUAAAUUCAAAGCCGACGACGCAAAGUCUUAACACAUGCAGCGACAACUUAAACCUCGUUAAAGCUGCAAUGCUAGGUGGUCUUUGGCCUCGUGUCGCCAGAGUCCAGCUGCCAACAGAUAAAAUUAAAUACGAUAAAGUAUCCGGUGGAACAGUCCAACGUGAUAACAGCGCGAAAGAUUACAAAAUUCUGGAUCUCAAAGAAGGGCGGGUAUUCCUCCAUCCAGGUAGUGUGCUCUUUGCAAAGUCUACCUGGAAACCUCCUUUUUUGUUCUAUUUCCACAAAUACAUGACGAACAAAAUAUUUCUGAGGGAUGCCACCAAGGUGCCCAUGUAUGCUCUUCUAUUAUUUGGAGGCCCUGUUUCCGUAAACCACAUUCGUGGAGGUCUUACUAUAGGCAGCAAAGAUAAUUUCAUCAAGCUCGCGGCCAUUCCACGAAUUGGUAUUCUCGUUAACCAACUUCGACGCUUGCUGGAUGCACAGCUACAAAGGUCCAUAGAGGACGGCACAAUGUUGACGGCAGAGUCAGGCAAUCCAGUUGUUCAUGCCAUCAUGGCGCUCCUUACGCAUGAUGGACGCACUGAAGAUCUGGGGACAAAUACCCCCACUAAUCGUGAAGAGGAUUCGAAAACGCCAUCCAAUAGGGCGAGUCCACUCACGCGUUGA